AUUGCGAUGUUGUGCAUGUGAUUUAAUUUUGUAGUGCUAUUAUUAAACUGAGGUCACGUCGAAUUAAAACACAAGAACUUUACUACAACAAAAAGUGCAGAACACGUUUACCCCAAAACUGCCGGUCUUCCUUUACGUUCAAAUCAAACUCAUGCGCGUGCACUGGACUCAAGACCAUUUUUCUAGAAAAUUAUUUUUGACCUUGUCUUUUGUACCGGAAGUAGGAAGGCGUCAUCAUCUGAUGUAAUAUUGUGGAAAUUGCCGGCAGGGUGCUGUAAUAGACCAGAGGAGGUCAGUGAGAAUUAUUAAAUAUUACCUGCAGUAAAGUAGCGUACUGUGGGGGUUUUAACAGUUACUUGUAAAUUUGUCUUUUAACUGAGAAAAAAAGAAGAUGCCGAGAGGAAGCAGAAGCAGGACAUCGAGAAUGCCCGCUCCGGCCAGUCGGGCACCAUCCCGGCCUAUGGCACGGGCCGCCCCACCCCCAGCAGCCUCUUCAGUACCUGCUCACCCUCCUCCGUCAGCGAUGGCCGCUCCCUCAGCAGCCCCCAGACAGCCUGGUAUGUUUGCCCAGAUGGCGACGACAGCAGCUGGAGUAGCCGUGGGCUCAGCCGUUGGACAUACAAUAGGCCAUGCCAUGACCGGGGGCUUUGGCGGUGGAGGAAGAGCUGAGCCAGCAAGUCCUGAUGUCACUUACCAGGAGCCCCUUCCUCCUGCCCAGCCCAUGUACCAGCAGCAGCAGCAGCAGAGCCAGCGCAGCCCCUGUGAGUACGAGCUGAGGCAGUUCAUCGAGUGCGCACAGAACCAGAGCGACUUCAAGCUGUGCGAGGGCUUCAGCGAGGUGCUGAAACAGUGCAAGUUCUCUCAUGGAAUUUAAUGUCCAGUGAAAGUGGAAGACAUGAGGAUCAGUUGGUUAUCGAUCAUGAAACGGAUUGUACACCAUGAAACCUUGAGAUUUUAAUAUAGAUGCAAUGACUGUCCUAGUAAAAUAAAUGUUUGAAUUUGUCAGCAUUUAAAUUAUUUUGAAGUUGAUUCAAACCUGACUGCUUUAAUUAAGUUUAAAUCUCUGAAAGCAAUAUAUAUUCACUGUUAUUUGCUUAAUCAGUAUACACUGUAUUGAUUCAAGUAUGGGGUAAUCUUUUGAGAAUGCAUAUCUGAAGGACCAAGGAUGUCAACUGUUUAGUUUGCUACAUGAAGAGACAACCAGUGCUGUGUUUUUGAGGAGUAGGAUUGUAAGCUGUUUUAAUUUGCCAUAAAUUAAGGCUUUACAUACUUACACGGUACAUCCGUAGUCAUUUAUCAGCCAACAACAAACAAAUAAAAUCCUUUACCAAUGAUCCAUGUUCAAAAUACCAAAGGUGAAACAUAAAUACAGCGAGAAACCUGCUAAUGGGAUCCUGAGUUUGUAGGCAGUUGAACCUAUAAAACAGCAGGUAUUGUAUUGGGUAAUAGUGACGGGGAUACAUUACAAUCGCUGCUUGAUUCUUUAAACAGUUCCAUGUACAAUUCAUGUUAGCUUUUAUUUGUUUUGUGACUGAAAGGGAAUUAAAGAGUACAGUCAUUUUCAGUUGCAGUUUUAAACAGAUGGGUAGCAUAGGAACACAGAAUUCUGUCACUUGGUGUGUUGGGUUAGUUAUACUGUUCUGUCAGGUUUUAACACUUUAAUAAAGUAUAGUUUGAAUGCAAAA